AGCGUGUAGCGCAUGGAUGCGACCUUCUAGUUUCAUGUAACUAGGUUCUGUAAGACGGUGUCAAAAUCUACAUCGGUCACAAGGACUACUGUAUGUCCAUUGCGUUGCCAGCCAGCUGAAAUCCUGAAAAAACAGCGACCAGAUAGACGAAAGAAGGCAACUGCGAGCUGUCUCAUGUUGGUAAGGCAGCUACUCUCCAGACCAUAUUCCCUGCAGUUCCCAUCCCUUAGGACAGCUUGUGACAUCGCUCAUAAGAAGUAUGAUGUCAUUGUGGUGGGCGGAGGCCAUGCUGGGACAGAGGCAGCUGCUGCAGCAACCAGGGUUGGGGCAGAGACUCUGCUCAUCACUCAGAACAUCCGAACUAUAGGUGCUCUGUCAUGCAACCCCUCCUUGGGUGGUGUGGGGAAGGGCCACCUGGUGCGUGAGGUGGACUCUCUGGAUGGGCUUUGUGGACGUGCAGGAGACUGGGCUGGGAUCCAUUUCUCGAUUCUGAACCGCAGCAAGGGACCAGCGGUCUGGGGCCCGCGUGCACAGCUGGACCGUGACCGAUACAGACAGUUCAUCCAGACUGAGUUGCUCUCCACACCCAGGCUGACUGUUCUGGAGGGGUCAGUGGAGGAGCUGUUGGUUUUGAACCCAAACCCAGAUCAUCCCGGUCAGCACAGAGUCACUGGAGUCCGAAUGGUGGAUGGAGGCCGGCCUGUUUUCUCCAGCUCUGUUGUCAUCACAACGGGCACUUUCCUGUCAGGCUCCCUCUUCAUGGGCCGAACCACCUCGCCAGGGGGUAGAAUUGGGGACCCCCCUUCCUGCACCGGCCUGUCCCACAGCUUGCGGGAGACACUGGGGUUAAAGACUGGUCGGCUGAGGACUGGAACACCACCUCGCAUAUUAAAGGAAACAGUGCAGCUGUCCCUCACACACACACAUGCCCCUGACAAACAACCCACACCAUUCAGCUUCCUUAAUAAAGAAACACGCUGCAAGCCAGAAGACCAGUUGCCCUGUUAUCUUCUCUACACCACCCCUGGAGUGGAGAGAGUGGUGAUGGAGAGCCUUCACCUCAACACUCAUAUACAGCAGGACACCAAGGGGCCCAGGUACUGUCCCUCCAUUGAAUCGAGGGUGCUGCGUUUUCCAGGCCGGAAACAUCAGGUGUGGCUGGAACCAGAGGGCAUGACCUCUGACCUGCUCUACCCCCAGGGUCUGUCCAUGACCUUGCCACCUGACCAACAGCUACGCCUCCUGAGAGAGAUUCCAGCUCUACAGAGGGCAGAGAUCCAGACACCUGGUUAUGGGGUACAGUAUGAUUUUGUGUGCCCCACCCAACUGUCGCCUUCUCUGCAGGUAAAAAGAGUUCAAGGACUUUUUCUCGCUGGACAGAUCAAUGGGACAACUGGGUAUGAGGAGGCUGCUGCACAGGGCUUGUGGGCGGGGGUCAAUGCAGGCCGAACUUCCCUCCGCUUGCCUCCCCUCUCCCUCUCCCGCACUCAGAGCUACAUCGGGGUCCUGAUCGAUGACCUUGUGAACAGGGGGGUGACUGAGCCGUACCGCAUGUUCACCAGCCGUGCUGAGUUCAGAACUGCACUCAGACCUGACAACGCAGACCUGCGGCUCUCUCUUAGAGGGUUUGAGGAGGUUGGCUGCGUGUCUCUCAGGCGUUACAAGGAAGCGAAGAGAGUCAGGGACAUUCUGAAUGAGGCGCUGACCGCCCUGCAGUCCAUCUCCAUGUCCCCCCCGAGAUGGAGGGAGAGACUCGGAACGAUCAGGCUCAGCGAAAACAAGAGCACGUUAGUAAGUGCUCUGGAGCUGUUAGAGUACAAAGACAUCACUUUUGAGAUGCUGGCCUCUGCUUUCCCAGAGCACCUUUCAGCUUACCUGGAGUUCUCGCAGAGGCUCAAGAUUGAAGCGGUGUACCGCCCCCACUGUGAGAAGCAGAAGCUUGAGGUGGAGAGAAUAAGAGAGGAAGAGAGUCUGUCCCUGCCUCAGGACAUAGACUACUUUUCCCUCCCUAUCUCGCUCUCCCAGGAGGUCAGAGAGGUGCUGGACCGUGUGCGACCACACACUCUGGGAGCUGCCACCCGUUUACAAGGAAUGACCCCUGCUGCAGUUGUUCACCUGCUGAACUAUGUCCGCAAGACAGAGAGGGAGACAGAGGAGCAAACCUAUACAAAAGCUUCUUGAUGAGAAAGGAGUCAAAAAGAUCUUCACAGAAAUGCACAUGACAUCAUAGUGAAACAGACUGUACAUAGUUAUGUGCAAACCAACUUUAUUUUAAAAAGGUAG